UUUUCCAGCCUCUGCUCUAGGCCCGGGCUAGUGAAGAUCUCCGAUCCCGGACCAAGAUGACAAUCUGCGGCCUCCUGAACAGUUCCAACAAGCCGGUGCCCCUGCGCAGCGGCUCGGUGACGGUGCUGAUCCGAGGCUUCGUGGCAGACGUGGGCUGUGAGCUGCUCUACAGGAACGAGGAGCCGGGGCCAGUGGAGGCCGUGUUCGUGUUCCCCGUGGGCGCUGAGGCGGCCGUCUAUGCCUUCCAGGCCUGCCUCGGGGGCACCUGCAUCCAGGCCCAGCUGCUCCGUGAGAAGAAACAGGCACAAGAGCUGAACGGGGAUGCGCUGGCCGGGGGGCAGAGCUCGUUCUUGCUGCAGCAGGAGGGGGCCGGGGGCGACGUUUUCAGCUGCUCCCUGGGUAACCUGCCCCCUGGGGAGGAGGUGGCGCUGACCCUGCGCUACAUCUGCGAGCUGCCGCUGGAGCCCGAUGGAGCCGCCCGCUACAUGCUGCCAGCCGUGCUGCGUCCCCGCUACACGCCCCAUGGGUGGGAUGGGGAGGACGUCACCCAGGGGGUCCCGCGAGUCCCCCAGGGGGAGCUGCCCUAUACCCUGAGCCUGAGCGCCACGCUGCAGUCGCCCCACAGCAACGACCGCGUGCUCUCCAACUGCUCCCUCACCCCCCUGAGCUACAUGGCUGGGAACCGGACCACCGCCCAGGUGUCUCUGGCUGAGGCCCCCCCAUGGGACCGAGACGUGGAGCUGCUGGUGUAUUACGCGGAGCCGCACAAACCCAGCGCGGUGCUGGAGGUUGGGUUGCCCGGAGCAGAACCAGGCUCCCUGAUGGGUGACCCAGCCGUGAUGGUGACCCUGCUGCCCAACCUGCCUGAGGCGGUGCCAGGCCAGAGCUCGGCCGGAGAGUUCAUCUUCCUGCUGGACCGCUCCGGCAGCAUGGGGCGCCCCAUGGACGGCCGAGACGGCUCCCGCCAGCGCAUCGACAGCGCCAAGGAGACCCUGGUCCUGCUGUUGAAGAGUUUGCCCCUGGGCUGUUAUUUCAACAUCUACGGCUUUGGGUCUCGGUUCAAGUCCUUCUACCCGCAGAGCGUGGGAUACAUCCAACAGACCAUGGCCGAGUCCCUGCAGCGCGUCCAGCAGCUCCAGGCCGACCUGGGGGGCACAGAGAUCUUGGCACCGCUACGAGCCAUUUACUGCAGCCCCUGUCAGGAUGGGCACCCACGCCAGCUGUUUGUGUUCACGGACGGGGAGGUGGGGAACACCAAGGACGUCAUCGCUGAGGUGCAGCAUCACCAGGGGGCCCACAGGUGCUUCUCCUUCGGCAUUGGGGAAGGGGCCUCCAUGGCUCUGGUCAAAGGCAUCUCCCGGGCAGCAGGGGGCAGCGCUGAGUUCAUCACAGGCCAGGACCGCAUGCAGCCUAAGGCGCUGCAGUCUCUGAAGCGGGCUCUGCAGCCGGCCGUGACCGGGAUCUCGCUGACCUGGGAUCUGCCCCAUGGGAUGGAGGCAGUGCUACUGGGCCGGGGCCCUGAGGUGAUCUUCCCUGGGCAGCGGUGCCUCAUCUACGCCCAGCUCCGUGGGCAGCCCCAGCCCCCAGACACUGCCAUGGGGGGCGUCACCCUGCAGUACCGCAUCCAGGACCAGACCUACAAGGAGAAGCUGCAGUUCCCCCUGCAGCCACAGAAUGGAGACAGGCUGCCCGUUCACCGGCUGGCAGCCAAGUCGCUGCUGCUGGAGCUGGAGGGGGCCGUGGACACUGGGUCAGAGGGGGACCGGCGCCGGGUGCUGGAGACUAGCCUGAGCUCGGGGGUCGUCUGCUCCCUCACGGCCUACGUGGGGGUGGACACGGAGCGGGGGCAACCGGUGCAGGGGCCGCUGGUGAGACGGGACAUCCCGCUGACAGGCUUCGGGGCCGCACUGCGCAGGCGGAAUUUGCGGUGUUCCCUCGCGAGCUGUUCCGCCUCUGUGCCCAUGGCUCGGGCCCGAGGGUUCUCCGGAGUGUCCAUGGCCUGCAACUUUGACAACAGCUCGGAGGUGCAAGUUGAGAGCUGCCGCCCCCGCGUCCUUCUCCAGGGCACUCACCCCCAGAGCUCCCCAUGGCCAGUACCAGCUAGGGGGAGGAUGCCCAGUAAGGACGUGGCCCCCAGCGUCUGGGCCACGGUGCUGGCUGUGGUCUGGCUGCACGGCCGGGCCACGGGGCAGCGCGACGAGUGGGAGCUGCUGGAGGCCAAGGCUGUGGGCUGGGUGUGGGGCCAAGCAGGGCCCCAGCUGAGCGAAUGCCUGGAAGCCGCCAACACCCUGCUGGGCUGCAGCGUUGGCCCUGCUGUCUUCGGGCUCUGAGCCCCCUCCCCAUCCCCGUACCCCUCUCCCCCCACAAGCUACCCUGGGCCUCUAACCCAGCUGAGCUCCCCCAUCCCCAUACCUCCCCACAAGCUAUCCUGGGCCUCCAGUCCCGCUGAGCCCUCCCUCCCGCCCCCGGAUCCUAAAUUAAGAGCAGCCAAUUGGUUUGCAUAAGUUUAACGAAAACAGUUUAAAUUGACCCUGUAACUUACAGCGGAGGAAGGUCGUUGUGCAGACAGGCCCUUGGUGCUGCGGGCGGAAACUGUCUCUGCCAGCCCCUCGCUGGAAUAAAGCAGUUCCCCAGGUUUGUCUGCCUGGCUUUGGCUGGGGUCCCGGGGCUCGGGGCUCCCCACAACUGUCCAGGGCACUGGGUUCCCAGCAGGGUUAGGGACCGCCUGCCCUGAGCGGGUGGAUUAGCUCCCAGCUCCGGCUUUCUGGUGGGGCAGAGCAGCAGGACCCAGACGCUGGGGUGUCUGGCUGAGGCCGGGAGGAGCCCCGGAGAGAUGGGAGCACGUGGGGUGCAGGUGGCAGACACGGGGCAUGGGCCCAGGGCAGUGUUUAGCAGGACGUUUUAGCUCUGGGUCUGUGCGGAUCCCUGACACCCCCUCACUGCUCCACCAGGAGAAGGAGAAGGAGCUGCCAGGCCUGGAAAAUCUGUCCCUGCUCGGCUGCUGUUGGGACACGUGAUUCCCAUUCAGAUACCUGGGAAUUGGGCGUCCAGCCCCCCGGCAGCUCGGGAACCCCCGGCCCUGCCUGGAGUGAGGACCCAGAGGCAUUGUAAUGGGACAGGGAAGCAGCAAACGCUCUCUCCCCAGCUCACACAGGCCCUGACGCUGCCAUCCCAGGGCAUUGAAAUUGGAAAGAACAAUUCUAGAAGGAAAAGACUGGGGGAGAUUUUCCAGGCCCAGGUGGCAGCUGGGUGCCCAGCUCCCCCAGACAGUCUGAGACGCGGGUUGUUAUUCCGAUGUGUAACAGCGAUGAACCCAGGGGAGCUGGCGCCCAGCCCAGGCCUAGGGGUGGGCCAAACCCCCACCUUGGAGCCCAGGAGCUGGGUGGGGGCAGGCACAAUUGAAGUUCUUUAUAGGUCGCCAGGCAGAAAGCUCCAUGAAGGUGAAGUUCAAGGUGAGGGGCGGUGCCUGUCCCUGCGGGGUAAGAAAUAUCCCAUGGCUGGUGCCAGGAUCUCCACAGCACGUGUUGCAAAUCCCAGAGACUCCCCGUCCCUGUGACACUGAAAAGAAAUACAAACCCAUUCAGCUCCAAGCAGCUGUCACAAGGCCAGAUCCACUGCCUGUGCUCUGAGCUCCAGCUGGCUCCUUGUGGCUUCUACCCCAGGGCUUUGAGCAGUCGCCCCAGUUCAGUUCCCCACCCUGCCAGAUGGGGGGAGAGGCCAGGAGCCUGGGUCUCUCACCGGGCUGCAGCACACGAACCCAGAGCUCCGGGGGAGGCUCCAGCUGCAGCUGUUCUUCUCUGGAUCAAUAACUCACUAGCCGGGGAUCCUGCUCUUUGCCCUCCGGGGAGCUCUGCAGGCUCCAGAGUCACUCGCUCGCUCUCUGGCCCAGCAGCUCCCCUUACCCGCUCCUCAGGGCAGCUCCAGGGGCGACACUCGCAGUGCGGUCAGCACGCUGUCCUGCAGGGGGAGCCCAGGUUCAAAUCCCGUCUCCCUGGCAGGCGGAGGGGGAUCAACCUGCCCCUCCCACAGCCAGGUGGGCGAGGAAUCAUAUGGAUCUACCCCCUCCUCCCCUGGCUUUCCUGGCAUGGCGUCGAACUCCAGGACGGUGUUCCGGCUUCGGUGCCUGAGCAGCGAGGUGUCUAAAUCCCAGAGGCGACUGGGCUUAGCACAGUUCCCAUCGGCCAGCUUUGACAGGGGAUGUGGGACCCGGCUUUGUCUGGAAGCCGUCUCUGCUCUCCCCCACAGUGGGGCAUCGUCCCAGGCAGGGCCUCUCCCCAGCUCCCUGGCACACGCCCUCCCCAGUCCCUCUAAUGAGGUGUAUUGGCCAAACGCCAGCAAAUGGAACCUUCAGAACCAGCCUUUAGCUCACUCCUGGGCUGCAGGUUUCAGGGCCACCUCCCGGGGGUCCCUGGUGACCCUGCUUCUGGCAGCCUCCCAGCCCCAGCCAGCUCUGCUCCCUUCCGACGCACCGGCCCCAGGGCGAC